AUGCUUCGAUCAAAAGCCGUUGGACACUUGAGGGUACUCGGCAGGCAGUCUUAUAGUCUCAAAUUGACAGAUCAGAAGUCACACAUACCAUCACGGUCUUCGGAUCUCAAUACACAUUUCAAAGAUGAGGAAGAGCUUUCAAGUGUUCAAGAAAGAGCACUAUUUGGAGCAGUCUUCAAUAAGCUGAUGAUGAGGGAGGAGCUACGUAGCAAAAACUCUGAGGAAGUUUUAUCUCAAGCAGCCGCAAUUCAACCGGAUGUAACAACAGCUCACAAGGAAGAAGGACGUGGUCUACAAGUUGUGUUUGAGAAAAAAUCACAGGAAAUCAGACCGGAGGAUAGGAAGCUUUUCGACUUCUUUAAGAAUACCAGCGGUAGUACGCAAUUGGGAGACAUUGGCGAGUCAGCCAAACUGACAACGGAUGAUAUAAGGAACUAUCCUGUAUCACUUAUCUCAAGCAUGUUCUCUGAUGCAGAGGAUGUGAAAGUGCCGGAAAGUGAAAAGGCUAGCAGAGAGCUUGCUAAUGCUGAGAAAGCGCCGAUUUCAGAGGAUGAGUUUGGCCUAAAGGCAGACUUCAAACUAAGAAUGAACAAAGAAGUUUUGGAGACUUUGAAAGCGAAAGAAAGCUUUAAAGCUGCUAUGCAGACAGCCAUGGAGCCCUAUUUAACGUCAAUCUUUUCGCAGAUCGAGACAGACUAUGAUCUUUUCGUCCUGGUACGAAAGCUGUUAAAAUCCUAUGUGGAUAGAGACAAGACGCUGGACAACAAUAACUACAAGUCAUCCUCGGAGAUAGUGCAACACAUAAAAGAACAGUGCCUGAAAAACUCCAAAGAGCUACCGCGACCAUUGGGUGUGUCCCUUCCAUAUACGCUGGUAGAACUUUUCACUUCCGAAGAGCUAAACUUCCCUUCCGAGAGAAAGUUCUCACUGAUCUCCUAUAUCUACCAAGAGUGCAAGAAAGACAUCUCGCUGUAUCUGAACGUCUGCAAUGUCGACUUUUACAAUCUCCUUUUGCGACUCUCCUGGGAUAACUACCGCGAGAUUUAUCAGCUCAAGCAAUUGACCACCGAGAUGAGCAUAAAUGGCAUACGUGGCGAUCUUUACACUAUCGAGAUCCUGGACAAGAUUGCGCAUGAUCUCAGACACAUCAACGACGGGAUUCUCAACGAAGAUACAGGCUCCAUGCAGGGAAAUCCGCUGACAGUUGGGGUCGUGUGGUGUCGAGAAAAUAGCACAGAUCUGCAGCUUGUCGAGAAUUAUCUCAGAAAGCUGAAAGAGAAUUUAGCUUAG